CAACUUAUAAGUUGGCAGUGUUUUAUCAUAGUCUUUUUAUUAAUGGCAUUAUGUUUCCAGUGUCUUCAAAGUCAUGCGCAACUAACACAAGCCAGAGACUUUCUAAACAUGGUGAUGAAUCUGACUAUGACGAAGAGUUUCUGAUUGAAGACAACAUGCUAGAAAUGGAGAAUUUCAGCUAAAUAACCAUGACAGGCCCAAUAUUCAUGAAUCGUACUUGCAUCAUAGUAAAUCAAGGUUUAAGAGUGUCAAGAAGCUUGAUGAUGCAAUUUUUGUAUACUGUCACAUGGUCCGAAUUCACCCCCGUCCUCCAAUUUACCAAUUCAACCAUCUCUUGGCUGCUAUAGUAAAGAUGGGCUGCUACCGUGAUGCCGUCUCUCUGUUUAGGGAUAUCUUUGCAUCUGGAGUUGUUAUAGACAAUUGCACCCUGAGCAUUGCUGCCAAUUCUCUGGCCCGUCUGCAUAGAGUGGACUUGGGUUUUGCUAUCUUAGGGAGCCACUUGAAGCUGCGUUUAGUAACCGAUGUGGUUUUCUUUAACACCUUACUUAAAGGGUUGUUCCUCCAAGGUAUGGUUCACGAUGCUAGUUGGUUGUUUCAGAAGUUACUGAAUGAGAAACUUUGCGAGCUAAGUGAAGUCACAUUACUAAUACUAAUUGAUGGCCUCUGCAAGGCAAGACACAUUGGUAAGGCUAUAAAGUUGCUUCAUUUGUUUGAGGAGAAAGGAAAUUGCAAGCCAGAUGUAAAUGCAUAUAACGCCAUCAUUGAUUCUUUGUGCAAGGAUAAAAUGAUGGACGAUGCCCUUGCCUUACUAACCAAGAUGAGGGAAAAGGGCAUUCCUCCUGAUGUUGUGUCCUACAAUUCCCUACUUCAUGGACUAUGUACAUUGAGUCGUUGGGAAGAGGUCAAUGAGUUAUUGAAAAUAAUGGUGGACUCUAGAAUUCCUCUUGAUGUCCUUACAUACAGCAUAUUGGUUGAUGGGUUUUGCAAGGAAGGAUGGAUGAACUAUGCUGAAAAAAUCAUAGAGACAAUGAUUCAACAAGGUGUAGAUCCCAACGUAGUUACGUACAGUGCUUUGAUGGAUGGAUACUGCAUACAGGGAAAGAUUGACAGUGCAUCAGAGGUCUUAAACACCAUGAUUCAAAGGGGAUGCCUCCCUGAUGUUCACACUUAUGGUAUUCUUAUAAAUGGAUACUGCAAGAGUGGGUGUUCAGAUAAGGCCAUGCAAUUGUUUGAAGAAAUCCCUAGCAUUGGCCUAAAGCCAACACUUGUUACCUACAGCAGUAUGUUGGAAUGCUUAUUUCAAGCUGGGAGAUGUGCUGAUGCCGAGAAGCUUUUUAACAAGAUGGUAGAAAAUCAAGAAUAUCCUGAUCUUGUCACCUACAAUAUUAUUUUGGAUGGCUUCUGCAAGAACGAUCGCGUUCCUCAAGCUCUUUCUUUACUGAGGAUGAUGGAAGCUAAGAGUCCUAUCCCCGAUAUCAUUAGCUAUAGUACUGUCAUAAAUGGACUAUUCAAAGAUGGAAAAUCAUGCAGUGCAAUAGAACUGUUCAAUGCCCUUCCCUCUAAAGGUCUGCAACCAAAUGUUAUAACUUACAGAAGUAUGAUAAGUGGGCUUUGCCAAGAAGGCUUGUUAGAAGAUGCAAAAGGCAUGCUCAAGAAAAUGGAGAAAAAUGGUGUGAUGCCAGAUAGCGUGGCAUACAAUCUACUGAUCCGUGGGUUACUGAAAAAGAAUGAGCAUUGUGAUGCUAUAUUACAUUUGGAUGAGAUGUUAAAACUUGGAUUCUUGCCUGAUGAUGCAACAUGCGAAAUUUUACUGAAGUCAAUCUUACGAGAAGGACCAGAGUCCACUCUGCUGCAUAUGCUUCUGAAUAUCAAAGAGAAUGACCAAAAGUCCAGAUCUUGAGUGUUUUCUGGCAGUUCUGUCGUUAAUUGUAGGGUUAACUGUGACUAAUGGCUGUUCCAUUUUUAGCUUUAGCUGACUGGGUUGGUUGAUGUCAAUCAACUUUUUGGUUGGUGUACUUAUAUACUAGAUUAAACCCUCCUAAACAAUUGAUGUUUCCAUGUUGGAUACUCAACUCACACACAACAACAACAACGAGAAACAAUUAUAUGUGGCCUUGUGCAACAAUUGGCUUAUGGCCCAACAAUAAAGUCCCCUUACAAGUUGUGCCCUCUCUCUGUUGCUAAUCUUAUGUUGGGCGAAUUGAGUGUGGAGGCUCGACAAAGAAGGGCAGCCGGCCCUAGUCUUGGUUCGACCCAUAUGGCAGUAAAUUAGGUUUUUAAUUUAGCCGGCCCUAAUUCUCUAUGUGGGCUUGGGCCUAACUUGGGGAUUAAGUUUUCAACCCUAGUUUAGUCUUCAUAAAUAAGGAUCUCUGUACUUGUAAUUCUGUGAGCACUUGAAUAAUAAAAACCCUAGUUGCAAAGUGGAUUAGGUCAGCCGACCGAACCACUAUAAAUCUUGUGUUCUGUUUUUCUCCGUUUUGAUUUCUGGUUUGUGUGUGUUCUUGUUUGGUUGUGGUUUGCUAUUCAGUAUUCAUAGAUACCCCAACAACUGGUAUCAGAGACUUAGGUUNUUCAAAUCAAAGAUUAGGGUUUCG